GCUAUAUUUGAGAAAUGAAGAAGCGAAACGUGGUCCAAGUGAAGCAAAUGAGGAAGGAAAGAAAAUAAGACUCCCCUAAGAGCUAAGAAGAGAGAUAUGGUGUAAUGAAGUCUUAGGCAGAAAGAGAAAGAACUCUACGUUGGAGGAAAACAGAAACGCUAUCCCAUUUGCUCUCAAAUUCAAGCAAAGCCUGACUCAUAACUGAAGAUUUCAAUCUGAAUGCAAAAGGAAAAUAUCUUGGUGUUUUGCAUCUAAAAUACAGACUAAUAUGAAUUGGAAACUCAUGGGUACAAUAGUGCCAACUUUGACUAUUAAGCUAAUAGGCAGUUCUCUGUUCUUUGUAUAUAUUUCACAGAUCUUCUCAGAAGUCCCCAAAAUCACCUCACCAGGAAAAACCAGCUGCUCGUUAAGGUGGACUCUGUAUGAAGGAAAGUGCUACUACUUUUCUACGCUGCAAAAAACAUGGGUUGAGAGCCAAAAAGAAUGUGCCCGGUUAAAUUCUCAUCUUGCCAUUAUCAGUAACAAAGCAGAACUGGCAUUCCUGAAUAGCAAAACACAAAUUACAGAUUACUUCAUUGGCCUGAGAAAUUCCAAUGGACAGUGGAAGUGGAUUGAUAACACAAAGUUUGACCCUGGCUUAUUUAAUAUUCAAGAUAAAACAAACGACUGUUCUACAAUUGGAUUAAAUUCCACCAUCUCGAGAUCUUGCUCUGAAUUAAACCGCUUCAUUUGUGAGGAGACGGUAUAAAAACUCUUUGGGCAGUGGAAAUUCACAGCAAGACAGAAUCGGAAUUCUAUCGUCAGUUCAUAAACUCUGGCCCUGAUAAGAAUCUACCGAAAUGCAAUUAAAAUUUUUGGAGUAACUCCUCCUUUCCAACUUAUUUCAAGUUACAUGGAACUCUACCUUUAGACCUAAUUCCUCCUUGAAUGAAUAUAUCAACCUGUAUUAUAUUGCUGCUUUAAAAAUAAAGG